GUGUCUGGAUAGCAAUUUACCUACUGGCAAAGGAAAGUAGCAAGAAGCUAGUGGGGCUCUCAUUCUAUCUCUUAACAAUGGUGAGAAAAAGCCAUGUAAACUAUUCAAACUUAUAGUGUCAAAUCUCUUUCACUUAAUAAUGUCUUCAUAACAAACACCAUAUCUCAAUUUUACACAACUGUCCACUUAUUAAUCUGUUAUGUGCACUUCCCUUUCUUCCUUUCCCUAACCCUCCUUUCACAUUUUUCUCUGUCAUUUUGGCAGCUUUCCAUUUUGUAUUUUUAGUAUUUGGACCACUUCUUUUUCACUCACAACAACUGUACUACUUUUCUAGCUAUAGCUCUCUUUGCUUCCACUAAGGGGGCAAGUAUUUAACUUGUCUACUUCCCUUCUUGAUUGCUCCUUGAUUGCUAACAGUUAUUAUGCCUUUCCUCAUAUUUCUACUCCUCUGAGUUGUCUCUUUUUUUUCAAGAAUAUAUCAGAGUUAAGUUUUGCAGUUCUUCAGAUUGGUGAAUGCUAAUUUACUUUACUGUUUUUUGAGUUUCAUGACUAAAGUUCUUGACUUGGUAUACAUGGGGUUUUCAAGUGUAUUUUGGGUUAUGGAGCAACGUGGUUCUUGUGUGAAAGAGUAGAACAGGACAUUGGCUUUCUUUGGGUUUGUAUGAAAUUGUCUAAAGGAUAAUUGUAUUCUUGAAAAAAAUGGAGUCUUGGAGCUAUUUUUCUGGGGGAAAGGGUUUUGUAUCAGAUGAAUCAGUUUCUGUAAAUGAUGGAAUGGGGAGAACAAAGAAUGGAGUUAUGAGUUGGGAAUUGAAGAUCCCAAGUAGCUAUGGAAGCACUAUGAUUUGUUCAAGUCAAGAAGGUAGUGAUAAUAAUCAACGAUUUCAAGAAUUGGUUUCUCCAAAUCUGAUGAGAAAACCAAUGUUUAAUGACCAAAUGAGUGAUGGUUUUACUAGUAAACUUAGUGGUGGCAACAUAUUUGGUUCAUUUUCUGGGGCAGAUAAGUCUAGUUCAGCUGUGGAAUCAAAUUCUAGAGAUUCAUCACUAAUUGAUUUGAAACUUGGAAGGUUUCCUGAUCAUAAUAUAGAUGCAAAUAUUUUCAAAUCUCCCAUAGUUCCAGCCAAGAGAAUGAGAGCAGGAGCGGGGAAUUCUCAGAAACCAUUUUGCCAGGUUCAAGGUUGUGGGAAGGAUCUAAGCUCCUGUAAGGACUAUCACAAGAGGCAUAAAGUAUGUGAGGUUCACUCAAAGACUGCUAAAGUUAUUGUAAAUGGCAUUGAGCAGAGGUUUUGUCAGCAAUGUAGCAGGUUCCAUCUACUGGCUGAGUUUGAUGAUGGCAAACGGAGCUGCAGGAAACGUCUUGCAGGUCAUAAUGAACGCCGAAGGAAGCCCCAUACUGGUACCAGAUUUCGUGGAACUUCUUUUGCUACGUCAUCCUUCACGUGCCAAGACAUACUUGGCGGCCGCUUUCUGCAUCAGCCUAAAUAUGAGAUGAGCGACUGGUAUAAGAACGUAAAAGUUGAAGAUGGUGUUGAUUAUAGCCCUCAACUUGCCACACCCUUUACAAAUGGACAGUUACAACCAAAAUCUGUUUUCAUGUCAUAUCAUGCCAAGAAAGGGUGUCAACCUGAAGGACUACCUGCUGUAACAACGAGCAGAAUUAAUGAGAGUACCACCUCAUCUCUGCAUGACAUACGAGGAUUGGAUUUUGUUUCUCCUUCUCUGUUCCACACCACCUCAACUGGAUCUGAAGUCUUGCAUGUUUUGGAUACAUCUUCAAUCAUUCAGGGGGUAUCAGGGAUUUCAAACUCCAGCAAUGCUCUCUCUCUUCUGUCAUCUCAGUCACAGGGAUCGUCAAAUCAUCUAAAAAAGAGAGAGAUCAUCAACGGGACUCAAGCAUACAAUUUGACUCAAGCAUCUAAAAAAGUCCUGGAACUUGGUCCUCAGGCUUCAGCAGGUAGAAUGUCCAGUACAUUCAGUUCAUCUGGGGUCAAUUCUGCAGAAGGUGGACUGGACCAGAUACUAUUUCCUAGCGACACUUGUGGCAUCAAUGGGAUCAUGCAAGGAUCAGAUUUGGUGAGCCCCAACAAGAAUCAAUUUUCUCGUGAAAAUGGACCCACCAUUGAUUUGCUCCAGUUGUCGUCACAGCUUCAGCGUGUGGAGCAUCAAAGGUUUUCCAUGCAAGUGAAGCAGGACAGCAAUGCUCUUCCCGGCCUCAGAAUCACUUGAGCAGAUGCAAAUAUCUGGACAUUACUCAAGAAGUAGCCAGCUUUCUCAGCUUUACAGAGGUGGGAGCAUCAGGGAGCAACUCUUUGGAAUCUUGAUGUUCACUUCUUCAUCGUUGUUUUUUCCCCCUCAUUUGAUUCUGAGAGAUAACUGUUCCUCACGGUAGCCGUCUCAUUCAAUAAUGUUUUUCUUUCUCUUGGAUAAUGUUAACAAAAAUAAUCAUGACUUGGUAGUCAACUUAAUUUAUGUACAUUAUUUCCACAUUUGUCAUUCCUUUGUUAUGGACAAGUAGGUAUUUCAUGAACAAUUAUUGGAAAUGCUUUGUACUCGUUAAAAAUAGUGCAUGUUAUGUUUGGCAACUAAGGUGUAAAGGAUAGCACAAAUAAUGGAAACAGGUGAAAAGGGUGUGAAUUGUGCUUAUCAGGUUUGAGCUAGUCAGUUGUGGAAGAUUAAUUGUAUGAUUUUUUUAGUGACGUUAAAGGAUCAACGAAUCAAUUUCUUUUAUCUGAUUCACGCGGUUGUUAUUGAAAGUUAUCAACUUUUUGAUUGCC